GUUACCUUCCUGGCCAGGCUCCGAGGGGCCAAUGCCCACGCGUAUGCCGACAGGGUUAUAAGGACCCUGUUUGACGAUAACAUCACGGCCUUUGUGACAUUCACUGGGCGCAGUGAACACAAACGCGCCUUCGAUAAAUCAUCCUUAUUUCGAAUCGUAUUCGAGGCCUUUGAACUGUGGUGCGUUGCCAACAAUGCUAACGCGGACGAAAGACACAGUGCCUUUGUGAGAGCCCUGAAGCGGGCCUCCGACUGA